AUGUCCUAUUCUCAGCUGGCAGAGGUUGUGGCUACUGAUGACAAUGACAGUGGUGCUGCAGAACUGAUGGCUGAGUCUCUUAGUAGUACAAAUUCCAAGGAAGGCUUGGCACUGGAUUCUGGUUGUGCUGAAGGGUCUGGCUCAGAAACGCUGUUGGAUGCGAUCGAGAGGAUGAGCAUAACUCCAAGGAAGAAAAGCGAGUGCAGACUUCCUCAAAGCAGACCAGGAUCUGCAAAGAAGUAUGGCACACCCUUCCGCUCCAUUACCCCCAGGUUAUCUACUUCUUACACAGAGAUCCCAGAUAUUUCAAAAGACAAUGAGGUAACACAACCAGCAAAUUCACAAGUCAUAAAAUUGAUUGAUUUUACACCUUAUGGACAACCAGCCACCAAUAACUGUACACCAGUUGGGACACCAACAAGAGAUCCUUUCAAAACACCCAUCCAGAAACCAGCAGCUGUAGGGAAGAAUACUGAUGUUUCCAGGCAGCUGCUAGCAUCCUUAUCUCUAGACAAAAAAGAGGACAAUGCCCAGGAAGUCCCAAAAGAUCUUAUGGCAAGGAUGUCUCUGCUGACUCAGAGUCCAGUCAGAAGUGCAGCAAUUCCUCAAGGAUCAAAGAUUCUAGCAAAAUUCUCAGGACUGGAGCUGCAGGAGACAUCCAGAGGCACCCAUGCAACCAGGCAGAUGAAAGCUGAUAUUACAGAAACCAGCCGGGGAGCUGCCAUAGUGGAGCUUCGACACCACACAAAGACAAACCUCUGCAGUCUAAUUGAACAGAUGCAGAAGAUGAAGCAAGUUCACUCAGAAGCAAAAGGGGUAAAUGAGACCAGAGCUAGAGGGGGAUCUAAGUCCAAGUUCUUAUCUUUUGUAGAAAAACUGAAAGCUGAGAAACAGCAAAUUAACAGUGGUAGUGAGAGCAAGUGUUUGAGGAGUCUUAGCAAAGACUUAGAGAUCAACACUGAUAAGAAGGGACCACAAAGUGAUACACUGAUCUGGAAUAAAGAAUCCUCAUUAAAGGAAACAGCAGAUAAGAUUCCUCUAGACAGUAAGACAGACUUUUUAAGUAACAUGACAAGAAUGCAAGACCUUCUUGGUGAUGAUGAU